AUGGUCGGAUCCACGACCCUGUUCGACGUCGUCACUGGGCAGCUGCAGGACCACACGAGCACCGUCCAUCAGUUUGUGCGUCCGUCGAGCUCGCGUAUUCGCGAUCAAGGAACAUAUGCUCGCCUAAUGCUGGAUCGCUCAGUCGCUGCUGUGACAAGAUGUCCUCGACCCACCGAUCUGAGCUCUUCCAAAGUCUACCUACUGCCAACUGCCCAGCACUUCUAUCACCCAAGCCAACCAUCUAGCCCUAGAUACUCCAUCGCCCACCAUGAUCGCUUCCGCCGUCCGUCUGUCCGCCACUCUUGGCCGCCAGCCCGCUGCUGCCGCUGUCGCUUCCUCCGCUACAACCGCUGGUCUCAAGACCUCGGCUGCUACCGCUGUCAAGGCCACCACUACCCUGCGCAACCUCGACGGCCGUCUCUGGUCCAAGAACAGAAAAUGGCUAUGAAGAGAAUCAACAAGGAGCUCGCCGACCUCGGUCGCGACCCACCUUCAUCUUGCAGCGCUGGUCCUACCGGUGACAACAUGUUCCAAUGGCAGGCGACAAUCAUGGGCCCUGGUGACUCCCCUUACGCAGGCGGUGUCUUCUUCCUCUCGAUCACUUUCCCCACCGACUACCCCUUCAAGCCCCCCAAAGUCUCGUUCUCCACCAAGAUCUACCACCCCAACAUCAACAGCAACGGCAGCAUCUGUCUCGACAUUCUCAGGGACCAGUGGUCUCCAGCUCUCACCAUCUCCAAGGUAUUGCUCUCGAUCUGCUCGAUGCUCACCGACCCAAAUCCCGAUGACCCGCUCGUUCCCGAGAUCGCCAACUUGUACAAGACGGAUCGUCAGCGAUACGAGAGCACCGCGCGUGAAUGGACUCGAAAGUACGCCAUGUAA